AUGAACGCAUUGGGGUACACAUUCCAUAAUGUUGAUUACUCACAACAAAAUUUAUAUGAAUUCGGUGACAAAGCCGACUUCUCCGUAAUUAAAACUAUUAACCACGAAGACAAAAACUUGUUAAUGAAAAACACUCAUUACUGGAAAACUCAAUUUGACUUGAAUGAUACUUUCACUGAAAAGUUUGAAAUGCCAUCACAAAUAGAAACACUCGAAUAUUGCAAGUUGGCGUCAUACAAUUUAAGAGAAGUCGAUGUUUCAUUAGUUUCAAAAAAGAUCAACGAGUCGUCCUUCUACAACACCCAUUUCUUACAAAAAGUCACUUUUUCAAACACUUUAGAAGAAAUUGAUGAAGAAGCGUUCUUUAAUAGUUUUUCAUUGAAGAGUGUUACACUCCCCCAAAGUCUCAAGAAAGUUGGGAAGCAGUGUUUUGCGAAUUGUUACUCACUCGAAAGUGUAUUUUGUGAGUCAAAAGAAGUGCUAUAUGACUCACAAUGUUUCAUGAAUUGCUUCAAUCUGAAAUUCAUAUCAAAAGUCAAACAUUUAAAAAGUUGUGUUUUUUGGUGUUGCAAUUCUUUGUCAUGUUUGACAAUUUUGGAGACAUUGAAUGUAUUCCUCAUUGCAUGUUUAUGA